CAAUCGGUGCAGUAGGUAUCCCUCGUCGACACGGGAGCCAACUGUUAAGUACAUUAGUUCGAUUUGUCACAUUUGAUAGAUGGUAAAGGAACGUCAAGUUCAAAUUCGCUCCGUCAGCCUUUUCUGACAUCAGUCUAUUAGCAAUCUCUUCAACAGUAGACGUGUACAAUUAAGCACAUCUAUUGGGUUGCUUACAAAUAAGAGUUCGUUCUGUAGUGGUUAGAAUUAUAAACGGACACUAAAUCUUCGAGCUGAACUGAACUGCAACUAGCGUGUUCUGCUUCCAGGAUUAAUCCGAGAUCUAAUCACCACGUACAGAAAACUCGAAGAUUUACCGCAAAUCAUACAUUUGAUAGGAAUAAAUCAUGAAUCAGCGUCCAAACACCCGGCAAACUCGUUCGCAAACGAGAGCUGCUCAGCAAUUACAGCAGCAAGCAGGAAUUAACCUCCAAAGUGUUUACGCUGCAGGCGAGCCCGCAGCUCGGCCCGCAGUCUUUGAAGCCUCAACAGUUGACAUCGAGGGCGGAGAUGAUAUUGAUUGCGGGAGUUGCGUCCGUCCGAACAACGCCGAGAUGUAUAUGGUGCAAUGCGGGCAGUGCCAAAUCUACUACCACUUUUCGUGCGCAGGAGUCACCAUAGAUACGGUGUACCUGAAGCCGUUCGUUUGCAAGACCUGCGCCCAGUUACGCCCGGCAAGAAAUACCCCAUCAGUGCGUUCUGCAUCGAGUGUGAGCGUGCGCAGCUCGCAGAUUUCCGCGGAACUGCGGAGAGUAGAAGAAGAGUUACAACUAGAAGAUCAGAUGUCACUGCUUUUAGAACGCAAGAAACAGCUGAUGGCCAAAAGACAUGAACUGUUGAGCCAGAAGGGAGACGCCAAGUCCCGUAGCAGCGGUCGUAGUAGCCGGACGGCCACGGACAGAGUCCAAGAUUGGAUAAUGGACCAAGGAAUGGCCGAGAAUUCCGGCCAUGGCAUCGACAAACCGAUGACCGACCCUACCGAGUCUAUUAACCAACUGUAUGGAAAUCCGGUGAACCAGCUUAACGCAGGGCGAACUUCAACGCCCCUGACCAAGGAACUCGGCGCCGUCCCGAAAGAUCGCAGACAGUCAUCGGAGGCUGCUUUCGGCGUUUCUAAUUUUCCGAAACUACCCGGGAUACCGCCAGUGGACAAUCAAUCUGUUCUGGGUACCAAGAAAACGCUCCUGGAUAAACCAUUCCCGAAAGGUGCUAUUGGUAAACUCUUUUUACCUGCGUCGGCAUACGAAACCUGGCGAAGUGAAACGAAACGGACAGCUUUGGACAAGAUUCCGGAGAAGGCCGAGGGUCAACAGCGGGAGUUAGAGUUGGCCGAAAAGGUGAAGCGUUUGGAAGAGCAACGCCGGCAAGAACAUGCUUUGCAGCGCGAUCGAGAAAAGGAACUGAAUAAGAAACUACAAGAAGCUGAGUACGAGAAACAGGAGCUUAUCAAGCAGAAAAACCGGGCAGCAGCCGAAAAUGAAUACCAGCAGAAGUGUUUUGAGGAGGUCCAGCAGGAGCUGAACGAGCAGAUUGAGGCGUUAAAACUUCAGCAGCACGGUAACGAGAGCGAUCAGAACCCUCCGGGAAAUUGGUACGACCGUGAACUGUUGAAGCUGCAGAAAUCGCGUGACGACAACGCCACGAAACAACUUCCACCGCCCGGUGCCCACAACAGCUUGCCGUCUAUUUCGGGAAGGAGUGGUGACUUUCCGAACCCGAUAGAUCUCAACAUCAGAAGCCCCUGCGGCGGACGCUCAAAAUUAUCCAUGUCAACUGCGGAACCACCUAGCUUCUCUACGCGACGAUCGAAUCCGGUGCCACCAAAUCUUUCACGAACUGCGUCUCCGCCGCCCGCACCUGUGAUCACAGCUCAACAGCUGGCUGCGCGUCAAGUAGUGUCCAAAGACUUGCCAGACUUCUUCGGGGAUCCGGCAGAGUGGCCACUGUUCAUCAGUAGAUACAACCACUCAACUCAAACUUGUGGCUUUACUGAUUCCGAGAAUCUCCUCCGUCUGGACCGGGCAAUCAAGGGUUAUGCGAGAGAGAUGGUAAGCAGUUUGUUAUUGGAUCCGUCAACGGUGCCUGAGCUGUUGUCGUCGUUGCGACUACUUUACGGUCGACCGGAACAGAUAGUGCACAACCUGAUCGCUAAAGUUCGAGCUACACCGGCCCCGAAAGCAAACAAACUCGAUUCUCUGGUAACGUUUGGAUUGGUUGUACAGAACCUGUGCGGACACCUGCGAGCUAUCGGCAUGGAAAAACACCUUUCCAAUCCGACCCUUCUGUGCGAGCUGGUUGAAAAGCUCCCCGACAACGUAAAGUUUAACUGGGCUUUGUAUCAGCAUCAGCUGCCGGAAGUUGACUUGAAUGCCUUUGGUAUUUACAUGUCACAAAUUGCGACGGCUACGAGCGGAGUUACUCUCUUGUCUACACCCCCUAGAGCUGUACGAGACGACCGUCCAAAAUCGAAGGAAAAGGCGUUCGUUAACGCGCACGCCGAACAAGAAGGCGAGUCCAGUGACGGUGAGAGCAGAGAGCCUUCGAAGGAACGCUCGUUUAAAGCGUGCCCGGCAUGCGGAGUCGACGGUCACCUGACGCGAGACUGCGGUCAUUUCCAAAGGCUGAGCUUGGACGAUCGCUGGAAGGUGGUGAAAGAAAAUCGGUACAGUCAACCCAACUACAGUUAAGCGGUUUGUGAUGGACAAAGAUUGUGGGUUCGAGCGGUUACUGGGUAUGGUUUGGGUGCCGGAUGAGGACGUGUUUACGUUUCGCUUGAACUUCCGGAGAGACCACGCAAAGUUGCUGACCGGAGAGGAGAUCCCUACGAAGCAACAGGCACUGAGCAUCGUGAUGAGCAUUUACGACCCGACCGGAUUCUUAGCUGCAUUCAUCGUACACGGCAAGAUUAUCCUCCAGGACGUCUGGCGAUCAAGCGUGGACUGGAAGCAAAAAAUUCCAGAUGAACUGUUCCAGCGUUGGAGACAGUGGAUCGCGCUCCUUCCGAAGAUAGAAGAUCUGAAAAUACCCCGUUGCUACUUCCCUGGUUACCACCCUGACAGCCUGCGGUCACUGGAACUUCACGUCUUCGUCGAUGCAAGUGAAUCGGCAUACUCGGCCGUCGCGCACUUCCGACUCGUGGACGGAAAGCGCGUACGCUGUGCUUUCGUGUCGAGCAAAACGAAAGUUGCACCAUUAGAGCCGCUCUCCAUCCCGCGGCUCGAGGCUAACGCAGGUGUACUGGGUGUUCGUUUGCGCAAGUCCAUAGUGACCGGCCAUUCCCUACCCAUCACACGGACUCGUUUUUGGACCGACUCGAAGACGGUUCUCCAAUGGAUUAGGUCCAUGGACCUUCGGCGCUACCGUCCGUAUGUGGCCUUUCGAGUACACGAAAUACUGUCCAUGUCAGCGGUCGAAGAGUGGGGGUACUGCCCAUCCCGUUUGAAUGUGGCAGAUCUCGCCACAAAGUGGGGUAAGCAAGGCCCACCAUUGGAUAUCGCCAGUCCGUUUUACCAAAGCCAAGAAUUUGUAUACGAUGACCCUUCUGAAUGGCCCGAACCCUGCGACGAGAUGGUGGAACUUGCGCCAGAAGAACUAAGGUCGGCAUUUGUAUUCGCGCACUUCGUUUUGAAGCCAUUGGUCAAAUGGGAGCGAUUCUCAAAGUGGGAGCGGCUUCUCCGUGCCAUGGGGUACGUGCAUCGCUUUAUUGAUCGCAAACUGAACCGAGCGAAAAAGCCGUGGCCAACCGAUUUAACGCGAGAAGAGCUGCAGCAAGCAGAAAGGAGCCUGUGUCGAAUAGCACAAUCUGAUGCAUACCCGGACGAAGUUGCUACUCUGAACCAGAAUCAACGUGUUCCAGCCGAACAACGGCGACCCUUGGAGAAAUCAAGCAACAUCGUGAAGCUCUGCCCGAUGCUGGACGAAGCAGGAGUUCUACGAGUAAAAGGCCGAUUUCGUUUCCUACGACGCCAGGCACCCGGUCAUCCUUCCCCGAGAUCAUCCAGUGACAGCGUUGCUUUUGGAUUACUACCAUCGGCGGUUCCAACAUGCAAACAAUGAGACCGUUGUCAACGAAGUGAGGCAAAAAUUCAGCAUCUCGAAACUGCGGGUUCAAGUGCGUCUAACACAGAACAACUGUGAAUGGUGCAAGGUGUACAAUUCAGCUCCAAUCGCUCCGCAAAUGGCCCCACUGCCCCGGGCUAGGCUGUCUCCGUUUUUGCGUCCUUUCACAUUCACCGGAGUGGAUUACUUUGGACCAUAUUUGAUCAAAGUUGGAAGAAGCGUUGCGAAGAGAUGGGUAGCACUUUUUACGUGUUUGACAAUAAGGGCCGUUCAUCUCGAGAUCGUUGCGGGUUUGUCAACUGACUCAUUCAAGAAAGCUAUGCGGAGAUUCAUCGCGCGCAGGGGAGCUCCCCAAGAAAUCUACUCGGACCGCGGCACGAACUUUAUUGGAGCAAGUGGUGAGUUAGCAAAGGAAAUCGUUCUGAACAUCAACCAGGAGCUGAGCAGCACGUUUACGGAUGCUCACACGCAGUGGCGCUUCAAUCCCCCGGCAGCACCGCACAUGGGAGGCUCUUGGGAACGGAUGGUGCGUUCUGUGAAAGUCGCUCUUGGAGCCAUACCAACACAACGAAAGCUAGACGAAGAAUCGUUGGUAACCAUGCUGACAGAGGCGGAGUACAUGGUAAAUUCCCGCCCUCUCACGUUCAUCCCUCUAGAGAAUGCUGAUCAAGAAUCCCUUACCCCAAAUCAUUUCCUGCUGAUGAGCUCGAGCGGCGUGCAACAGCCGGUGAAGGAUCCCGUAAGCGAAGGCGCUGCUUUGAAGAACAGCUGGAACCUGAUUCAGCACGCGUUGGACGAGUUUUGGCGUCGAUGGAUUAAGGAGUACAUGCCGACACUUUCGAGACGGGAGAAAUGGUUUGGUGAAACGCGGCCGAUUAAAGAAGGAGAUCUGGUUUUUGUAGUUGACGAGGGAACGAGAAAUCGCUGGCAGCGAGGACGAGUAGUGCGGACGCAUCCGGGCAAGGACGGGCAGGUUAGACGCGUAGAUGUGCGAACAGUCAACGGAGUUCUACCGAAUCGUGCAGUCGUCCGAUUGGCUCUACUAGACGUAGCUGUUGAUGGUGACGCCGAAGAAACACUUCAGGCGACACGUGGGGGAGAAUGUUAAGAGCAAUCGGUGCAGUAGGUAUCCCUCGUCGACACGGGAGCCAACUGUUAAGUACAUUAGUUCGAUUUGUCACAUUUGAUAGAUGGUAAAGGAACGUCAAGUUCAAAUUCGCUCCGUCAGCCUUUUCUGACAUCAGUCUAUUAGCAAUCUUUUCAACAGUAGACGUGUACAAUUAAGGUGAACUUAUUAUUUAUAAUUUUCUUGAAUUUAUUAUAAUCGAUUGAAAUUUCAGCACAUCUAUUGGGUUGCUUACAAAUAAGAGUUCGUUCUGUAGUGGUUAGAAUUAUAAACGGACACUAAAUGUAACUAUUCUCUAUCUUUCUUAGCCGAGGACGGCCUCUAAUAAAAAUCUAUAUUUUAGCUUCGAGCUGAACUGAACUGCAACUAGCGUGUUCUGCUUCCAGGAUUAAUCCGAGAUCUAAUCACCACGUACAGUUUUUUUCAUACAAAUUUGGGUAAAUGUAUGGUAUUGAAAUGGUAAACGUCGAUUUUUAUGACUUUUCAUGUUUUUCAAUAGUUGAUUGUAUAUAAUAAAUAGUAUUUUCAUACAUUUGCAAGUACAACAGAAUUGCGUAUAUAUUAUAUUGCAAGUUUAUAUUAUUAAAUUAUGGAUAAGCUAAUACAUGAUAAGCUAAUGUUGAUUGUAUAUAAUAAAUAGUAUUUUCAUACAUUUGCAAGUACAACAGAAUUGCGUAUAUAUUAUAUUGCAAGUUUAUAUUAUUAAAUUAUGGAUAAGCUAAUACAUCCCCACUUCAAGGACAUAACCCCUCCCCCCUCUUUCUUUCACCCCCUCCCUCCCCUCCUACCCUCCAACAAAAUUUUGUUAAGCGUAAUAAAUUCAUUUUAAGUCAAAUAUUUAUUAUUUACUGCUGUGUGUUUCUUUUUGUGAGUCCAUGCCAUAUAACUUGACCCUUACGGGCAUAAAUUGCGAAAAUUUUAAUUGUUAAAUCAAAUAACAGAAAAAUUAAUUUUAUUCAAAAAAUUAAUUAUGAAGUAAAACGAUACAAUACAAAACAUGUUCUUACUAAUCCUAAUGUUCUUGUUCAUGAAAAUUCAUUUGAUUAUAGAGUUUCUGACGGCUUCAGGAUUUGUUAAAGGUACUUUUUAUGACGUUUUGUACUAACCAACAUAGAACUUAAAUGUGGAUCAGUUUCAUGGAUUGAUCGCAGAAAUUCAUCAUGCUAAGUCAAUAUUCUGCUGAAUACUUUUUUCGGAGUCAAACUGAGAUUCUCCAUUCUCCAGUUUCGCUUGAGAAACUUCUUUACUUUUUUACUAGGGGAACAGCAUCUAAUUCCAGCGUGCCUCUAAUGUUGGCAGGUCAGAACUUUGACAUUCAAUUAAAGCUAAUUAAAAGCGUUUUCAACUGAAAUCGAGUGAUAAAUAGCUCAAUAAGAAGUGAGCAAGCAAGUUUCUAUCAAAAGUUUUGCAAAAUUAGUUGCUUAAAUAGUUAAAAUCAGCAAAUUGGAUGGAGUUAGGAGCGAGAGCUUAACCUGCCAAACAUACGAGAAUUUCCCCUACUUUACUUCUUGAAACCAGGUACUGAUUUUUGAAGCGACGAUGCCCACGAAGUAGGUAGCAAAGCAAGUAAAAUAAACGGGCGCAUAUGUAGAUUGCAGCAAAUUUUGAUAAAACGUAAAUGUUUAAAAUGGCAUAUCUCCGAAAACGCAAAAAAUCGCAGGCUGGAAAUUUCAGCAAUGUUAGAUUAUGAUCCAAUCUUUCAAGUGAUCUUAGUUUCAUGUUUAGCAUCGGUUAGCAAAAAAAAGUACUCGAUUAACAAACACAAAAAAAUAAGUUUUGUCAAAAAAAUGCUCCAGUUAUUCGAUGAAAACUUCAGUUUUUGGUUUGAAAACAACAUUUAUCUACUAAUAGUUUCAAAGUUUAUCUCAUUACCUUUCCAAUGUUGUAUAAUUGUCCUAACAACAUAAUUAAAAUGGCUGAGCUAUGUUAAAAUUAAACAAUCAGCCUUUUUUACGAAAAACGCUGGUUUUUUACUCCAAUUUUUGACUUUCAGCUUUCGUAUCUCCGUAAUGAACAAACUUAGAGCUUUGAAAAUUUGGAUUUUUCUUAGUUAGAAUGUUUACUUUCGAGAAAAAAAUACCAAAAAAUAUUUGGAGAAGGUCACUUUUUUGAAACUUGGCCACCCAAUGUACCAUAGUGCGUACGCCCCAUAUACACUGACCGGUGUACGCCGAUGAGCUUAGGUCAAAAAAAGAAGAAGUAAAAACAAAAAGAAGAAGAAUGAAAAAAAAAAAUCAAAAAACAGGUUAAAAAAAUUUUCGGUUGAUGAGUCGGGCCCACCAUAUACGCAUACAGUUCUUGGUGCAAUUGUACACGGACAAGGCCAGGGUCGGGAAAUGCGAGAGAGUCGGCCCUUGUAGUAGCGGGGAUGAACUCGGGGUUGGGGGUACGGGGACUUUCGUUCAACACCGAUGCAUACGUCCGCUGACAUGAUGUUCCGAUUUGCCCCGACUUGUGAUGCAGGCGGUUGGAGAUCAUUUUUAUUGCAUACAAAUUUUAAGUUGUCUUUUGGGGAACACUCUGCUUUCUCGUACCUAUAGGGGAGUCAAGUUUGGUGAUGGAGGUCCUUCAUGAGCGUAUAUGAAAACUCCAUCAUUGAACCGGGAUCGUCAUACGCGAUUUUAUGGGAGGUGCGCACUCGAAGUUACAUACACGUAUCUACCACCAAGAGCGCGCGCCAACCGUAGACCGGUGCCCCGUAUGGCCCGACGAAGGUGGGCGAGAGGAGAUAGGGACGGAGACGGAGAGAGGAAUCGGAGACGGGUUCGGCUGUUCGGCGGGAGCGCACGAAAGUGUACGGACGCCCGAACAAAGAGGUGAGGUGUGGUGUGAGCGAGACCGUGUUGUUAACAUUGUAACCGUUGGUUACAAUUCUUCAACGAACCUUCACUUUUCUACUUGAUUCCGUACAUACAACAUCACACAAUACAUGGCAGUAGAAGGGUUUUCGUGCCGCUGUAACGAGAUAGUCCUUGACAGCGAUAGGGCAGGACUACUCGAAUUGGGUGGAAAAGAAAAUGGAGCUUUUCCCCUCCCGUUUGGAAUUCGAGCGGGAAAUGUCUUCUUGGCCCGCCGAUGUUUAGCAUCGGCCUCUUUUGCCAUUCAGGCGUCCGUGUGUUUAGUCGUGUCCGUUGUACCAGUACCGUCCUCUUUGUGCUGUGUACGUUUCGCCUUCCGGAAGUGGAAGUGCCCACACGGAAGUCUAGUUCCGUCGGCGCGACGGCACACGGGUAUCCGGUGAACCUAGCCUUGUGAGUGCGCAGGAGCCAUCGGCUACGUUUUACGUCAAGCACCGACCCCAAAUCUCUGGCGCGCGGCGCCAUAAUUGUUAAGGAGAUUAUCCCCUCUCGGCACGCCCAAAUCAGUGGACUCUGGGGCUGCCGAAUCCGCCACUGAGGGAAGACGCCUGCCGCAAGUAGGCCCAGCAACACCCGCUGGCCUACCUCUGCGUUCCAGCUCAACCCAGCAGCUCAAGCCAUCCGGAAGUCGACGACCAACCAGCAGCUCAAGAACAUCCCCCCCCCCCACGGGAUCGCGGCGGCACAGUCGAGGGCGCUCCUGUGACCGGCCUUGGGGCAGGUGAACGCCGAAAGCGUUCGAGAGUUCGUGUGGAGUCAGCGAAGCCUCGCUGCGAGUCCAGCUGCUGAUCGGUACGUUGCCCCUGAAGUGCCCCACAUUCCCCACACACACCCACACCCUACACUAUCCCAGAAAUACACGUUUUAUUUAGAAAAUUGUGGUUCUUGAUUUUUAUUUCAUCCGUGUCUCACUUGAAUCGCUGAGUAGAAAUGCCGACCCUGAGUGAUGAGUAGUCAGUAGCUUAGGUCUACGACUACCUGUAAGUAGAUGGUCUCUGCCCUGAAAAAGGAAUGAGCUAGUCCACCUUGAUACUGAAAAGUCAUGAGUUUCAACAUGGACGUCAUACGUGGUUCUGCGGAGCGGUGCGCACUCGGAGAUGUAUCUACC